GGCGCCCCAGCCUUGCCCGUGGCACCGCCCCCUCACCUGUGCGGGCAGUUCACCUGGCGCCGUCUCCAGAAGAGGGGACCGGGGCCGCGGGUACCUCGGAGGGAGCCCGGCGUCGUCGGUUUACCCUGGGGACAUUAAAGGAGCUGGACAGCCAAGACACAGAUCAUUAACCCUUCAUGGCCCAGGGAGGCCCUGGCUGCAGGACCGAGAGGGCCAGUAGGCAGGUGAAGAACUGCAGGAGAGCCACGUCUUGGCCAGUAUCUACCUGUCCCCACAGACACUGCAGGCACCAUGAGCUCCCCAGAAGGGCCCAGCUUCCCAUCCGGGCUGCUCUCCGGGGGCACCUCCCCCAGCAGCAAUGAGGGCUUCUUCCCCUUCAUGCUGGAGCGGCGGGACUCAUUCCUGGGAGGGGGCCCAAGGCCUGAGGAGCCCGAGGACCUGGCCCUGCAGCUGCAGCAGAAGGAGAAAGACCUGUUGUUGGCCGCAGAGCUUGGCAAGAUGCUUCUGGAGCGCAAUGAGGAGCUGCGGCGGCGGCUGGAGAUGCUGAGCGCCCAGCACUCCGAGCAUGAGGAACGGCUGCAGCAGGAGAACCAUGAGCUCCGCCGAGGCCUGGCAGCCCGGGGAGCCGAGUGGGAGGCCAGGACUGUGGAGCUGGAGGGGGACGUGGAGGCCCUUCGGGCCCAGCUGGGGGAGCAGCGUUCUGAGCAGCAGGAGAGCGGACGGGAGCGGGCACGCGCCCUCAGUGAACUCAGUGAACAGAACCUCCAGCUCAGCCAGCAGCUGGCCCAGGCCUCCCAGACUGAGCAGGAGCUUCAGAGAGAAUUGGAUGGCCUUCGGGGUCAGUGCCAGGCCCAGGCCUUGGCUGGGGCAGAGUUGAGGACACGGCUGGAAUGUCUGCAGGGGGAGAAUCAGAUGCUCCAGAGUCGCCGACAGGACCUGGAAGCCCAGAUUCGAGGUCUGUGUGAGGAGGUGGAAAAGGGCCAGGGCAGGCUACAGGCAACCCAUGAGGAGCUGCUGCUGCUACGGCGGGAGAGGCACGAGCACAGUCUGGAGCUGGAACUCGCGCGCUCCGAGGCGGGGGAGGCACUGAGUGCGCUGCGGAGGCUGCAGCGGCGGGUCUCGGAGCUGGAGGAGGAGUCGCGCCUCCAGGACGCCAACAUCUCAGGAGCCUCGCUUCAGUCAGAGUUUGCCCAUAGCCUCGACAGCAAGGACCAAGACCAGAACGCGGACAGAGGCGGAGAUGUUCUGGCCACUCUGCCCCCAGAGACCCAAGAGGCAUCCAGCCACCAGCCUUCGCCCCAGGAGGAGAGGUUGGAGCCUCCCAGGAAGCGAGCAUCCCUGAGCCCAGCGGAAAUACUGGAAGAGAAGGAGGCGGAAGUGGUCCGGUUGCAGGAUGAGAUAGCGCUGCAGCGGGAAGAGCUACAGUCCCUGCGGGAGGAGCUGCAAAGGCAGAAGGAACUGCGGGCGCAGGAGGAUCCCGAGGAGAUCUUAAGCGGUGCCCUCUCGGAUCGGGACGAGGCUGUGAACAAGUCCCUGGAACUGGCCCUGGAGCUCAGCCGCGUUUCUCUGGAGCGGGACUCCCUCUCCCGGGAGCUGCUUCGCACCAUCCGCCAGAAGGUGGCGCUGACGCAAGAGCUGGAAGCCUGGCAGGACGACAUGCAGGUGGUCAUCGGGCAGCAGCUGCGAUCACAACGCCAGAAAGAGCUGAGUGCGGCUGGAUCCGCCCCGAGCCGCAACCCGCCGCGCCUCUCGCUGCGCCUGGGCCCUGGGCCCGCCGGCGGCUUCUUCAGCAACCUCUUCCGAAGGACCUGAGCGCCUGGUCGAGGGGGCCACCUUUGCCCUCUUUGGCUCACUUUCCUCUUCUGGCCAACGGAGCAACGGGCCCCGACUGUCUGCCAAAGGCGGCUGGUGCCCUCUCCACCCCGAGAGGCUGGGCAAGGGCUCACCGGGAGCAGGGGCCAGCUUUGGGGACAAGGGACCCCAGGUGGGUGGCAGGGGCAGGUGUGGCAAAGCUGUUUUUCGAAUCUAUAUAAGUCUAUCUUUUCCAGGGACUAGGCCCCCUGGCCCCCGGCAUGCUCCAGGACAGGGUUGAGGGUGGGUAUUUAUGUAUCAAGCUCAGACAGAGUAAUAUAUAAAUCAUUGCACCGA